AUGAAUCAGAACAACAGAGAAAGCUCAAAUAACAAUUGGAGAGGAUCAUCGCCAGACACCAUCAGCAGUUCAAAUACUAGCAGUAAAAUCCUCGAAAAGCCAACCCGUGAGAAAGCCCGUCGCCGAUACCGAGUGAUUACCUCGUGUCUUGAAUGUAGACGACGAAAGCUGAAAUGCGAUAAACAGGAGGUCUGUAUGAAUUGUCGGUCACAGAACCGACAAUGCGUUUACAUCGCAUCGUCCGAGGGCAACGACUCUCAAUUACGUCGGAAACUGACCGAAAUGAAGGAUGCAAAGGACUCUCUCGAGAAGAAAGUGCUACUGGGAAGGAUUGAGGAUCAAGAAAAAAGACAAAUCCGGCUGCAAAAGCUUUCUGGGGCCCCAAUUGCAAGUUUGGAAGGUGAGGUCGGCGGUUACGGAGAUGAAUCCGAUGUAGAAGGAUACCUUGAGCCAACGGCACUUGCUAUUCCAGACGCGGCGUAUGCAGAAGACGACUCAGAGCAUGUUAAUGAUCUGGGGGUCUCAUUGGGAAUGAUUCAACUAUCAGAGAGAGUGGGCGGGCUUUAUCGACCUAGAAUUGGUGAUGAGCUCGGGCAGUCGCUUCAGAACCAGUUGCCCAGGAGUCCGGCAAAGGCGAGUCCCGUCUACCAGAGCCCGGCUUCCACAGCCUCGCACAGCUGUACUUCCAAGUCCGGCAUAUCAUCAAAUGUACCCUCAGUUUGCAUUUUACUGGGACAACCAGCGCCAGAUGCCGAUUGGCUCACGUUCCUACCUACAAGGGCCACAGCAGACAAGUUGCUUGAGCGGUACUGGGUAUCGGUUCAUCCGGUAGCACGCACAUUGCAUCGACCGACUUUCGCGCAAAGAUACGAGACACUCUGGGAGCUUAUCGAUACUGGGACCAAUAUACCAGCAUCUCUAGGGGCCAUUGUCCUGGUGGUAAUGCUCGCUGCUUCUGUGAGCAUGUCUAAAGAGGAAACUUCGAUAUCAUUUACGCAAGAAAUGACGAACCGUUUGAAACAAGGUGCUGAGCUUGCGCUGAGCAAGGCAAAUCUGCUGGUGUCUAACAAGACCGAAACUCUUCAAGCAUUUAUUACUUAUCUACUUCCACUAUGUGUUGACGGGAUAUCUCGCGCCCAUUCGGCCUUGGUAGGGUUAGCCGUUCGAUUGGCAGAAUGCAUGGGUUAUCAUCGUGACCCAACAGAAUACGGCUUUUCGACUGCAGAGUGCCAGGUUCGGCGCCUUAUUUGGUAUCAAAUAUGCUAUCUGGACUGGAGGACAAGUGAGGUACAGGGACCACGGCCAUUCAUUCAGCCAAACGGAUAUUCAACCAAAUUACCGUGGGAGGUUACCCCUUCUCAGUCCUUUUCACCCAGUUCCAACAUCGAUACUGGGCCUCGAUGGAAUGACAUGAUUUUUUCCGUAAUACGUUUUGAAUGUCAAGAAAUGCAUCGCAUCUGCCUUGUGAUUCGGAAGAAGGUCGAUCUUAAAAAGUUGACCAUUACAGCAGCGAUAUCUAAGUUAGAGAGGUUCAGUAAGGACAUGCAUGAUAAAUACGACAGCGUUCUUAACUCUACUGCGCAACAGCCUUUACAACAUGCGGCAAGAGUCACAAUGGAUCUUUUCAUUAGCUUAUUGUACCUCAAUCUUCUCCAUCGAUAUAUGAACAGUGUCACAUACAGAAUUCCCGAUCGUUUACGCCAGAUCGUGCUCAUCAAAGGCGCAGAGGCGCUGGAGGCAGCCGUUGAACUCGAAACAGCAGAGGACCUCCGAUUAUGGGCAUGGUAUACUUCAGCAUAUCAGCACUACCACAUGGCUUUACUACUACUGUUCGAGGUCUUUACCUUCCCGCUACGCAAGGAGGCGGAUCGUAUCUGGCGCUGUCUCGACAUUAUCCUUGCAGAUCCGUUGAGUAGUCUCACUGAUCUUCCUACGCUCGGAAAUCCACCAAUAUAUCACGAGUUGAUCGCUCAUAGAGACGUGAAAGCUCGCUAUCUUCUGAAUUUAAUCAUUAGGCGGAUGAAUGAAUACCGGGAAGUGCGGAAGUUGAGAUCUCCGGUGACGCUGACCGAUAGAAUGAUCUUAAUCACGCCGCAGAAAGUUGGAGAUGAUUCCGAUCCUACUUUACCACUGAACAUUGGGCACGACCAGGAGUCUCAACCGCAGUCGAAUGAAGCGCGAACACAUUCGGCUGCUCAUGGUGCCAUUGAGAAUGAAUCAUAUUCUUCUAGUGAAGAUAUGCGGUCUUUGCCAUUAAAUUCUUUCGAAAAUCCAGGGUAUCAAGCUAGUCAUGAUCAAAGCUCUAAACAGCCGUGGAUAUCACCGGGUCUAUCUGUAUUUCACACACCUACGACAUCCGUACCACGGGAAGCCUAUCACUUUAAUACUGUGUAUCCUACUGGCAACAUGCUUAAAUUACCGAAGUCCAGCCAUAAUCAUUACAUGACCCCUAUGGAUACACUAGGCUACAAUGAGAGCUAUCCACAUCAAGGAAGCUUUUUAGAUCAAGGUUAUCAAGAAGAGUUAGAAAUUGACUGGGCGUCAUGGGAGUCAAUGUUUCCGCCAGGAGUAUUACGGUAA